AAGAGAGGGAAGGUCCAGUGAAGAAAAAUCUUUGCUGGUGAGUGAGUCAUCUUCGAGAUAAACCAGUUCGUUACGCGUGAUAUGAUGAAUAAUGUAUUCAGGAUGAGAAUCGGUGCAUUUCUAUCGAGUAUGGACGCGCUACUCGAAGUAUCAAGGACGAAUAUAUAGAUGACGCCAUGGCUGAUGGCAAUCUUUUGUCUGGCGACAGCAGGCUGUACGAAUGUUACGGAUCAGCAAACAUCGGAAACUACUCACAAUCAUCAAGUGGCUAUCUUGAAACAGAUCAGGAAGGUUAACGAAGACGGCUCGUAUACUUAUGGAUACGAGGCUGGCGAUGGAUCAUUCAAGGUCGAGACCCGUGACGUUCUAGGCAACAUCAAGGGUACGUUCGGUUUCGUCGACGCCGAGGGUGAAAUAAAGAGGGUCUCGUAUUCGUCCUCUAACGGAACGGGCUUUAAAGCGACGACCGUAUCGCCAUUACAGGAACACAUAUCGGUGGUCCAGAGUAUACCACGUGUCAAUCGUACCAGUAGUAGCAGUAGCAGUAGCAGCAGCAGCAGUAGCAGUAGCAGUAGCAGUAGUACCAGCAGUAGUAGCGGUAGUACGACGACGACAAAGAGGCCUAACGUAAUGUACGCUUCAACGGAAGCUUCGACGAAGUCGUCGGUCGUCCAAUCGAUUCCAAGAACGAGGAAGACGGCGACAACGUCGACGACGAGCACAACGACCCAAAGUACGAGUACCGAAUCGGCAAAAAAUAUAUUCAGUCAUUAUUUAAAAGGUAAUAACAAAAGUAGACCUCGUUUCGUGAUAAACGGUCAACAGAGACCGAUCGGAGUCGAGGAAGAUCCCGAGGAUAGCGAGGAUUCGCAAAUAAAUCGUCCGAGUAUUGAAGAGAGAAACAGUGGCUAUCGUAGAAUCUUAUUCGCGAAACGUCCUGUCGAACAAAAUUUAAGACCUAUAACCGAGGAUUUCGUUGAGAAGGAUGACGAUCCUAAAAUAUCGACUGGUAAUAAUUUAAGACGUCAACUUCACGACGAUACCACGAAAACGAGUGGUAUCUCUUCGGGGGAUAACAACAACGGCAACAACAACGAUGAACAUUCCGAUGUUUACGGUGGUGCUUUGUCGACGACACGACCUUUAUUUACAACUACUACUCCACCUAGAGUUAUUCAGCGUAUUCCUGGGACGCGUCUCGAUAGACCUAAGAUAUACGUCAAUCGAGAAAAUCUAGGACCUGCUAGAUUCGACGAACCCAAAUACGAAGGUCCUAGAGUCUACGAGCCUGAAGCUAAGUCUACUCUCGAGGAACAAACGUCUGCUCAACCGAUUCUGAUUCGUGGACCAGCAAGAAUACCCGUUGAAAAUAGAGAUUAUCUUAGACAGACGACAGAGCCGAUUUUUGUACGUGGACAGGGUGAAUCAUACGUUCGAGAGUUACAACCAAGAGUUUUGGUAACUGGCCAACAAAAUAAUAUCGAAGAGGAGCCAGCGUAUAGACAGAUUCCGAUCGGUAGAAUUUUGUAUAGACCUGUUACGACUCAGCAACAACUGUACAGUACCACUACCGAUCCAAACGUUCAUUACUUAGCCGACAAUCCUACGGUCGAAACAGACGACGAGUCGAGAUUACCGAUCAAUCAGAAUUACGUUAGACCAAGACCUUAUCCAAGACCAUUGAUCUAUCAAGAAUUGGAAGCAAGGACUAGACCGAUCGUCAGACCUAUUCCUCAAUCACCAACCCCGACUCAUCACAUCGAUGAUCGGGAAUAUCAACAGACCACACCCGAUUACGUCUAUCGUACAACUCCAAUAGCUUUACCACCGGAACCACCAAACCCGAUAGCACCUCCUUUAAGUCGACGAGAUUUCCAAAUGUUACUUAGACGUCUAUUGGUCAGUCAAUACGGUGUACAAGCUCUAACAUAUCCAAAAACUUAUUUGGAGGAUGCACUUUACGAUCAACAACCUUAUCCUUCUUAUCAAUCGGGAUACCAAACUCCUGUUCCAAGGCCUGACCUUUCUUACGAUCAACAAGUAACCAUGCAAUAUGGCGAUCGUGUUCCAUUGAGACGUCCAGCUUAUACGAGAGGAUUGAAUCCGCUUUAUCAAUCACCCCAUCAGUACGACGACUAUCAGGAUAGCAGAUUUACCGCUAAACGCGUUUACAGACAAAAGUUUUAUACGCAAGAGAUUACAGACGACGGGGACGAGAUUCUACCAGCACCUAUCAGAGAGGCAUUGCUAUUGAGAAUGCUUCAAUUAGCUAUUAACGCUGAACGGCCAGGCGUUGUACAAAAUACGAUGAUUAGUAGUACGACAACUCCAACUUCGAGAUACAGGAAGACAGGUCCUGUCAGAAGCGUUCAAAUUAUUACCGACGAAUCUGACGAAGACAAGGACGUCAUGAACAAGAAGAUGUAACUCUCGUUUUUAUUUUUGUUUUCUCCUUUUUUUUUUUUUCUUUUUCCUUUUUUUCCAUCCAAUAUGUCGUUUUUAAGUGGAUACUCCAUUUCUUUUUCUUUCUUUUUUUUUUUUCUUCUUCUUUUCUAACGAUCUACUCAGCACCUCCUCCUCACCUUCCCACCCACCCUCCUCACAUCCUCGAUUGAUUAGAGAAGUGAGAAUAAUAAUAGAACGAUAAGAUUUCGAUCGAAUUAAUAUUCAAUAAAUCAAACGUUCGUUUAUCGAACGAAUAAGUAUUAUAUUAUAGUAUCAGUAGAUAACAUUUAGAAUUUAAUUCUAUCUUUUUAAUGUUAGAAAGAUUAUUUAUAACGAUUAGACGUGGAAUCGUGUCGAGUACGAUUAUGUUAUUUUCAUCCAAAGAUUUUCUGUCUCUCUCUCUCUCUCUCUCUCUCUCUCUCUCUCUCUCUCUCUCUCUCUCUCUCUCUCUCUUUCUAUUUAGCUUUAUAAGAUAUCUCAAGUUCGUUGUCCUCCUACCUAUAUUGUAAAUACGUUAGCUAAGCUAGUGUAAAAAAAAAAAGAAAAAAAAAGUGAAAAGAAAAGAAGAAAAAAAAAACAGAAAAAAGAGACAAAAAGGAACAAAAAAAAAUAGAAGA